AGCGUCAUCAGAGUUGGCCAAGAGAUCGAUAAUAAAUUAGUUCGCACGAUUUUUCCGGUAGCGAUUUCUUGGUAGGGGAGGCCGGGUCUAAGCCGAGUUCGCAAAGUAAAUGUUUUGGUAGUUAAGUCGAGUGCUGGCUCCGGGCCCCGGAUGCGAUUUCCGGUUAUGACUUGAGUGAGUGUGUGAUUCAGUGAUUGUAAAGUAACUUCCGUGAUGGUGGCCGCAAUGAUGCUCUUUCUUGCCAAGUUGUGUGUGUUGCUUGUUUGCGGGGCGGAUUAUGCUAAUGCCGGCAAGGACGUUCCGACGACCCACAUCGAGGUGGUGGCCGGCGAGCCGGUGUACCUGCCUUGCGACAUCUCCACCGGCGACCCCAGCGACCAAGUGUUGCUAGUGCUUUGGUAUAGGGAAGAUCUGGGGACCCCCAUUUACAGUGUGGACGGCAGGGAUCGGGAUUUCAGUCUCGCCGAGCGUUGGUCCGAUGAAAAUGUGUUUGCCAACAGGGCGUACUUCAUGCCCGAAAAGCAGCCGGCGGAGUUGGGGGUGGACCACAUCAGGGAGACGGACCAGGGGGUCUACAGAUGCAGAGUCGAUUUUAAAGUGGCACAAACGAGGAACAGUAAAGUCAACCUCACGGUUAUCGUACCACCGCAAAAAAUCGUCAUCACCAACGAGUCGGGGGCGCAGUUGGAGUCCGUCGUGGGGCCCUUCCCCGAGGGCGCUUCCUUCACCCUGCGGUGCGACGUCUUCGGAGCAAAGCCUCUCCCUAGUGUGACAUGGUUCCGUAACGACGUGGUGGUGAGCAACGUCAGUGUGGCUUUACCACGAGCUGGAACGACGCACGUUCGCAGCGAAUUGCGGAUAACAGGUCUGGGACGUCGCGACGUCCACUCCGAACUCACCUGUCAGGCGUCCAAUAAUCCGAAAACGCCCCCUCUGGCCUCCACCCUCCACGUAGACAUGAAUUUCGGCCCGCUCGAUGUCAAGAUCCUGGGGGCCAACCAGCCGCUUUCGGCCGGAAGGAGAUACGAUUUGCUGUGUCAGAGUUCCGGGUCGAGGCCUCCGGCCAGCAUCACCUGGUGGAGGAACGGCCAGCGACUCGAAGGAGCCAAAAAGACGACGUCCAACGACGGCAACACCACCACCAGCACUUUAUCAUUCGUACCGAGAAAAGAGGAUGACGGAAAAUAUCUAUCAUGCAGAGCCGAGAACAAAAUGAUGUCUACAGACAGACUCGAGGAUAAAUGGAAAUUAGAAAUACACUAUACCCCGGAGGCGAAGAUAAUUCUGGGCACUUCGCUCAAUCCGGACUCAAUCCGGGAAGGAACAGACGUCUAUUUCGACUGCGUCAUCAACGCCCAUCCGCCCGUCUACAAAGUCGAGUGGAAACAUGACGGAAAAGCGCUGAAUAUCAACAUACAAGCGGGGAUCAUCAUCACGAAUCAGAGCUUGGUGCUGCAAGGGGUUUCCAGAUCGACGGCAGGAAAUUACACCUGCGUGGGGUACAACACGGAGGGGGAUGGGGAGAGCAACCCUUUCUAUCUUAACGUCAUGUACGCCCCGACGUGCAAGCCGAACCAAAGUAGAAUUUACGGUGUUGCGAAACAAGAACAGGCGCAAAUAACAUGUCAAGUCGAUGCAAAUCCUCCCGACGUCCAAUUCCGAUGGACGUUUAAUAAUUCUGCAGAUUCCGUCGAUGUCGCCCAAUCGCAUAUCGCCAGAAGUGGGACGUCGAGUGUAGUUUCUUACACUCCAAUGACUGAACUCGAUUACGGGACGCUUUUGUGUUACGCUUCGAAUAGAAUUGGGACGCAACGAGUGCCCUGCGUAUUCCACAUCAUCGCAGCCGGACGUCCUGACCAAGUCCACAACUGUACGCUAUCCAACAUCUCCAUGACGUCCUUUUCCAUUAGAUGUUCGGAGGGUUUUAAUGGCGGUUUACCGCAGUCCUUUCUAUUAGAGGUUCGAGAGAGUCAAAGUCAGGAGAUAAAAAGCAACCUUUCAGCUCCUGUUCCGAGAUUUUCAGUGACAAGUUUAGAGGCGGGCGCCCAAUACCAAGCUGCCUUGUUCUCCUACAACUUGAAAGGACGAAGUGAACCGGUCAUCUUACAAGCUGCCACUCUACGACUUCCUGAAAAACAACUCACUGCCGAAAAAGACAACCACCGUUCCGCCUUUCGUUUUACGCCGAUGAUGAGUGUCCUAAUUGGAAUCGUCUCUGCGCUUUUGAUUGUGGGACUUGUGGUGAUUUUGCUGGUGCGCUUGCAAUGCACUCAAAACGACGACAGGAGGAAAAGGCACAAAAAUGCCGCCGUUUCAGGAGGGAAUCUGGAACACAGAGGCUCCACUAGCGGACCGACGCUAAGCGACAAGGGAGGUGGCAGUCCAAUAUCGAAACACGAUUCGAGCGCAGGCGAAUGCGACAGCGACGAGAAGAACCCGGACAUAAUUCCGCAACCUGUCGACACCGACGAGACCGCAGAUUACGUCAGGAAAAGACAACACAUUAGCACAAUCGAAACAUCUCCCAGUCGGAGUCUUUUACAUCAAGCCGGCAAUUCGGGGAGCGGCGGGGGCGCCAACGCCGGCGGUUACAUCGGUUACUGCACACUUCGCAACGGAAUGCCCUUACACGAACUCGCCGCACAAUCGAAAAUGCAUGCUGCGCCGCCGCCGAUGAUGGGGGGCUACGCCCCUUGCACGCUGCCCCGACAGCCCCAGCAGUGGCAGUACGGCCCCGUGAGCCACCUGCCCCCGGGGGUGUACCCGGUGCCGUAUCGCGGGCCCCAUCCGCAGCAGAGGCCGCGUCCGCAGCCCCGGGAGCCCCCCAUACCCAUGCAGCCGCUCGCCGCGACGGAAGAGGAGCCCUCGGUGGACACCCCGCUCAUGGUCAACAAGCGCGAAAGCACAGUUUGACAAGUGACUUCGCUCUAAAUGCUGCCAAAGACAGGGUUCCAAUUGUUUUAAGUACCAACGAAAUUGUACCCUAAAUUUACUGUCACUGGGAACAAAAUAAGGACUUUUUCGGGAUUAUUUUCACUCUUCCGCUUGGCUAAAAUUAACAUAUCUUGGAAGGUUUAUGUGCUGUGAGGGUGGGGGCUGAUUUUUUAUUCUAGGGAAUUCACAGGUGUCGCGAGUGGUUGUAAACAAAACAAACUUAUGAAAAUGUUACUAGCUUCAAGGAAAUUGUUGUUGUAUAGCCCGUUUUUGUCAAAUGCGUUUUGCCUACUGGAGGUUUUUUGUAUUUGCUUCAUUUAUACGAAUGUUAUUUUUGUAUAUCUUGUACAUAAACAUAGGUAAUGAAAAUAAAUGUGAUAAUUAUAAAUUAUCUAUCGAGGAUACGUCAAUGUAUCAUUUUUUUCAAAAAUAAAAAUGCCAAGUCUGUUACUUAAAUACGACUUUUUAUAUAUCGUAUAAGAAGAUUAUAUCAUAAUUUGUACAUGUUGUAUAUACUGUAUAUAAAUGACUAUUUUGCCUUGUAAAUAUACCUUUAAAUAACUAAUUAAAUCGAGUGUUCACGACUACAUACCUACAUUUUUUGUAAUUAUUUGAAGGGUGUAAUGGUUAUUCGUUAUCCAAUCAAAUUUCAUCUGUGAAA